AUGCCCACUGAUGAAGCUCAAGCAUUGAUAAAUGCUGCUGACUCCAAAAGGUUUCCCUCUAAGCACAAUUUCUCCAAGGCUGGUACUCGAAUAUGUACCUUUUAUGGGAAAAAUAAUCAUACUGUUGAGAAUUGUUUCAAGAAGCAUGGAGUUCAACCCCAUAUGCAGAAACAAUAUUCCAUAUAUGUGAAUAAUGCUAGCUAUGAAGGAGGAGACCAAGGCCCUACUUCAAAUUCUAUUUCCAAUUCACUUGACAUGGAGAGUGGCAAUUCCACUAUGACUCAAGAUCAGUUCACUGCCUUAAUGGAAUUGAUUCAAAAGUCUGGCCUUAAUCAAGCUACAAUGAGUGCCUCUUCUUAUCAAGUUGGUACUGCUAAUUCAUUAGCAGAUAAUUUUCAACUUCCUUCACCUAUUCAUAACCCUAGUUUUUGGAUAGUUGAUUCAGGUGCUAGUGAUCACAUUUGUGGAUCUAUUUCUUGGUUCCAAAGUUAUAUUGCUAUUCCUCUCAUUCAUGUUAGGUUGCCUAAUGGUCAUUUCCUACUUUCUAAAUAUUCUGGCACUGACACCACAUCUUUGAUGAUGAUUGGUUCAGCUGAUAGGAGGGAUGGCUUGUAUUACUCAAAUGUAGAAGAUAAGCCCUUCCUUAAUAAUUCCACUAAUGUUUCUGUUAAUUCUGUUUCUUUACCUGAUAAUGCCCUAUGCAGAUAUACCUGGAUAACCUUAAUGAUAACCAAAUAUGAGGCAAGACAACUUGUCAUUAACUUUGUUAAGCUCAUUGAAAAACAGUAUUCUGCUAGAGUCAAAACUGUUAGAACUGAUAAUGGCCCUGAGUUUAACAUGCCUGAAUUUUAUGCCACUAAUGGGGAACGUCAUCCUUCUUGGGACUAUCAUAUGCAUAUUAAUUCUAAAGUCAGUUCUGAUGACUCGGUUCCAAAUCACAUUGCUUCUGUUCCUUCCACAUCAAACAGUCAGGAUGAUGUAGAGCAUAUAGACACCACUGAUGUUGUUGAGCAACAUAAUGAUAACACUGAUAUUGUAGAGCAUAUAGAUGAACAUGUCAGUAGUAGACCUGUUAGAAAUAAGCAUACUCCUGCUUACCUUUCAAAUUAUGUCUGCAAUUUUUCCCUUGAUCCUGCUGAAAGAUCUUGUAACUCUAGUGCUAAAAUACUUUAUCCCAUUUCUUCUUUUGAUUAUCUCUCUCGCUUAUCUGAGUCUCAUCAUGUUUUCACUACUUCCAUUAUACAUAAUGUUGAACCAAAGAAUUACAAAGAGGCUUGUUUGUCUGAAAAUUGGGUUAAGGCUAUGGCUUCUGAAUUAGAAGCAUUACACAAAAACAAGACUUGGAGCAUUGUUGACCUGCCACCUUAUGUUUAG